GUCUUCAAAACAUACUACGCCACAGUAGAUUCGAGGAGAACUCGGGGUCAGGAAAUCGUUGGCUCAUUUCCCAGUCACAGUGCCAGAAGAAGACCAUAAUAAUAUCCGAAACAUCAUCCACGAAAACAGUGAUUUAAAAGUACAUCGGAUAAAUUUCUAAUGAGGACGAAACGAACGCACAAAUGGAUGUGUUAGUUAGCAAAAGAUGACCAUGGAUGAGUUCCACCCCUUCAUCGAGGCUCUGCUGCCUCAUGUGAAGGCUUUCUCCUACACAUGGUUUAAUCUACAGGCAGCCAAACGCAAAUACUACAAAAAACAUGAGAAACGAAUGUCAAUGGAGGAAGAGAGGAGAGUCAAGGAAGAAUUGCAGAAUGAAAAACCAGAAAUCAAACAGAAAUGGGCUUCUCGAUUGUUGGCAAAAUUACGGAAAGAUAUUACUCAGGAAUGUCGUGAGGACUUUGUGCUAAGUGUGACUAACAAAAGACCUCCUUUAUGUGUGUUAAGUAACCCUGAUCAGAAGGGGAAAAUGCGUCGAAUUGACUGCCUGCGACAGGCGGAUAAAGUGUGGCGUUUGGACUUAGUGAUGGUGAUUUUGUUUAAAGCUAUUCCACUUGAAAGCACAGACGGAGAACGUUUGGAGAAAUCCAUGGACUGUGUCAAUCCAAUGUUGUGUGUAAACCCGCAUCAUAUAAGCGUUUCUGUGAGAGAAUUAGACCUGUACCUUGCAAAUUUCAUUCACAGUUAUGUUCCUGACCCCCGUAAUGAUUAUGUGGACUUGCAACAGAUGAACAGUGAACAAGAUAUCAAAGUGCCUGGAAAUAUCCAUUCUGGUGUUUCUGGAAAUGACAGUAUCAUGGCCACUGGAGUGUUUUCGGCACGAGAGUUACUGAGGGUCACACGACCUUCAAUAAUGAUGCCACCUAAUGGAACACACCCUAUGUUACUGCCACAGAAGCAGAUGGAUAGUCCAGGAAGUUACUAUAACUAUAGUCCCCACCCCCAAGAUCAACCCAUGGGCUCUGGGAUGCACCCUGGUAUGUCCAAUGGACAGUCUGCACUGAGCCCCUCUGGGCACCCCCACAAACGGUUGAAACGCAAUACCAUCAGCUCGAUCUCAUCAGCCGACGAAGACGCAGAAAGUGUGGGGGAUGAAAAUGAAAGUAUGAGCAGCUAUUACGGGAAAUCCUCCUCAACGCUAAACAGUAGCGGGUCAUCUGGAUGGCAGGAGGGAAGUCAUAUGGCAGAUCCAGGUGUAGCACCUAGCCCAGCCAUGCAUUCAUCAACUCUUGUCAUCCUCGCUAAUAAACCAAAGAUUAACGAAGCUAACAGCGGCUUUACGCCCGUAACCUCCGGCAACACACUCAUCUUGCAGCAUGUGCCCCAAAGCAGCAGCACCCCUCCACGGGACGCCCCCACUCCGGGUGAGAUGAAGGCCAGGCCCCCCUCCCGAACCACACCCCCUCUUAGUGCUAGUACAGGGCUUCAACAGUCCCUGGUGUUACCCUCAGGAGCAGCCCCAGGUCCCAGCCACCAUGCGAUGAAGUAUCAGGAACACCCAGGAGGGGACACAUUUUCAGAUUUCGUUUCUUUGGUCUGCCAAGAGGCACAGAACUCUCACAGUCAGGCAAGUUCCACCACACCUCCAAUGAAAAGUCCCACCAAACUGCCGCACUUCUUCUCCCCGGGUAUGUUACCCCCACCACCGCCACCCCCACCCACAGUGGCGAGGCCUGUGGCGAUUUUACGGACAUCUGAUGGACAGACUGUCAUCAGCAGUGGAAGCACUGUCAUGACAACCAACUCUACUUCAAACUCGAGUAUGGGGGUGAGUAGCUCCCCAGGUACUCCUCCUGUGAACCGGACCAUCAUGAGCAGUCCCUUUUCGGUUCUGACAAGGCCUGAGCAUGCCUUUCCUCACAUACACCCACAAGCACAUCAGGUUUUUACUUAUCCCAGUCUGAGCCCAGUCAAUGCAAUCAGUGGGGUCAUUAGCCCCACCACUCUUAGUCUGAUUGCAUCCCCAGUAGCCACACCCCGGUCAACUCCAAGAUCCACUCCUAUCCCACGCUGGACCACUCCUUUUAUUCCCCUAGACGAGGGCAUGGGGAUGGAUUAUAAUAUGUUGGCAAGUUUCAUGCAUGGAGUCAACAGUGAUGAACCCUUACUUAAUGAAGAUCGUUUCUUUGCACACAACAAUGAGGGAAUGGAAGGUUCAAACAACUCAAACAAUGGUCAUCAUACGGGUACAUCAGGUGGGAGUGGAGGUGGAGGAUCGUCCCACAGUUCUCACCCCCCUGGGACACCUCAGGCCCCCAGCAGCUCCAAACCUCAUACCCCCUCUCAACAGCAAACUUGAUGUCAACAGGACACCACAGAAUGAUCAGAAGUGACCUUUUGAACUUGCAAAAGUAAAUGUGUUGCAGGCUGUGAUAUUUUCAAGGAGUUGAUUUUUUUUGUUGUUAAUAGAUCUGAUUUUUGUUUAUUUUUUUUUUUUUCAAGCUAGUCAUGUAAAUCAGACAUCUUGUAAAAUGUCUUUUGUAAUGUUGAAAAUUGAAAAAAAAAAAAGUACUAAAUAAGGGGAAAUAAUAUUCAUGUAAUGUCCAAGAACAAAAUUUACGUAUUAUUCCCCUUGGUUGUUGUACAUCCAUAUGUGAACAACUCCUCUUGCCGAAUGUGCCAAUUUUUUGGACACAGUGUGUCCCAGUUUUUUCUGAUCAUUUUGUGGCCCGGUUAAGUGCUCUGAAAUUGGCUGUGAUAGCAUUAUUAUGUAUUUGUGUCAUGUGUCCACCAGUCUGUUUGUCUUAGACAUUACAAAUUAAUUUUGCAUUCUAUUUCUAUUAGCUCACCUUUGAAAAGGUAGGAAAAAUUUAGACUGACUUUUUUUCCCCAAACAUUCCAAGAAUGUGUUUGUUUCUACCUGACUGUUGCGGCCAUGGCUCUCAAACAAUCUGAAGUGAUAUUAAUGUAUCAUUUCUUGGAUCAGGUCUUCAUAUAAUCUCUGUGUUUUUGAAAAUAUGCAUGAAAUUUGGAAAAAAAAAAAUUAACAGGGUGUGUAAAAUAUUAUAAUCAGGUGUGUGAAUAAUUAUUUUUGAAGAAGUUUUUUUGUCUGUACUCAGCAUUGAGAUUGUUAUGAGCUUUAGUUUGUAUUCCCUUACUAUGCUAAGUAUUAAUUAUGUAUUAACUGUACUGGGUGAUAUUAUGUGUACUAGAGCCAAAUACUUUGAUAAAUAAUACCAAGUUUAGUUUGUCAUGUACAUGUUUUCUGUGCAUAAAGUUUUUUGACAAAAUCACUGAAUCUAUGCAAAAAAAAUGCAUUGAGAUGGAAGAACUUAUAAAUACAAUGUAUGUACAAAUUCUAAGUGUCUUUGUAUAUUCCAUAUUUGUGACUACUACUUAAAAAUAUCAUUCUUGUACAAGUAAUAUAUUCCAUGUUUUUGCACAUUAACUAGUCACACAAGUACUUGCAAGAUUUUGGCAAAUGGAAAUGAUAUAUGCAAAGUUUACGCCAUAAUGACUGAUGGAAAAUUUUGUGCUCUUUAAGGACAUUUUUGCAUAUUUUACAGUAAAGUUUUCUGUUCUUUAACUUUAAAAUUUUAUUGGCUCCUUAUCUUUAAUAUGAAAUGAAAGAAAGAUUAAAACUGGAAAUGUAUUGAUACAAUAAGAUGUUAAAUCAUAUUUAUUACUGUUGAGAAUUGUUUUUUAUAAUAUAUGGGAUAAAGUUUUUUUUUCUCUUGUGAUUGGAAAGUUGUUUGUUUCAUGUUAAACAUUACAUAUUCAACAUAUCAUUAGGUGGCUGAACACUUUUAACUAUAAUUGUAAUGUAAUUAGGUAUUGAUCAUUUCAAACUGCAUACAAGCAGUCUUCAUAGGCUGACAAUAAUGUAAAUAAGUAUUAAUGAAAAAGUUUUCUUUAUUUAUUUUAGCAAUUUUAUUAUAAAGAUUGUACAGUGUCAUACAGAAAAAAUAAUUUCACUGAAGAAAAAAAAUGAUGCAAAUUAAGUUUCUGGAGUAUGUGUAAGUCAAUAUUGCAAGGUAUUUUUUUUUUUAUCAAAAAGAAAUCGAGUACAUUGAAUGCUAAGUAGGAUGUUUAUCUUUAAUCAAAUGUACAGUUUGUUUGUGGUACCCUAUUGAGCUUGUAUACAACAAGUUUGUGUUAAUGUUGUGAAAGAUAUGAAGACUACCUCGUAAAUUACUAUGUGAUAAAAGAGAGAUUUCCAUCCAGUUUUAUGCAAAUGUUGGCCAUCUUGUUGCUUUUAUCAUUAAAAAUUUUUCCCAUUAACAUAAUAAGAUUUUAUGAAGCAUUCUCUAAAAUGUAUAAAACUGUGUUUUUGAUAGAAAGGAUCUAUUUUUACUAUUGUUCAAGUGAAUUUAUUCAGUACAUUCUGAUUACUUUUUAUUUAUUGUUAUCCCUGUUAGCUGGGGCACAACAUUUGUUUUGCAAUUUAGCCCUUCAAAAAUCUUUUGACAACAAAAUUUUGUGGUAUAUUCUGUAGACAAUUGGGCCAACAUUUUGUUUGAGAGUAUGACUUAGCAUUGUCACAAUCUGUCAUUUUGCUGUUGCUGUGUCAUUUUCUCAUGUAGUGUCAACUUUGCUGUGUACAAAUCUGUGUGUAUCUCCCCCAAAAUACCGCCAAUCUAUGCAGCUAUGUAUUGUUUUAUUACUGUGAAUUUUUUUUUUAUCAUUGCAAAGUCAUUUGUCAUCAUGUUUUUGUUGGUUUUUGUGUAUAUUAAUCUAGGCCUUGUAGAUUUCUAGAUUUCAAACCCCCCCCACCCCCAAAAAAAGGAUGGCGUUUAAUGAAAAAAAUCUACAUGAAUUACAGAUUUCUCUGAGUUGUCAAAAAAGUGGUUUGUUAAAAAAAAAAACAAAACCCAGAAAACUUUCUCAUAUUAAUUUAAAGUAGAUUUGAAUUUAUAAAAAGAAGUAAUAAAUGUAUUAUUGAUAGAAGUACAUGUAUGGUAGCUUUGUAAAAUACUCAAAUGUUAUGUACAUAGAAUCACAGAAAUGGCCAUGUUUUGUAUAUCAUGCAUAACCUUAUUUAUUGAUUUUUUUUUUACAGUAUAGCCACAUCCAUUUGAAAGAAAUCCAUUUAAUGAUCAUAAUAGAAUCGAUUGUGUUGUUUUUAACUUAUCCAGUUUACUUACUUUUUAGUACUAUCAUGUCUUGUUUCUUUUUUUAAGUUGGUUGAUUAGCUUUACCAAACAUGACUUUUCAUUUAUUAUUCAGUGGUUAUAAUAACAAAGCUUUUGUUUCUUUGAGAAAUGAAGUACCUACCAGUAGUAUAUUCUUAUGACAUUUGAUCCCUCACUAACAAACGCUGUGUCAACAAUUGGCAAUGGGACUGGAAUGGAAUCUUGAUAUCGUUAAGUUGAUUAGCUGAAUUGUUGAAAAAUGCAUGUGUAAUUUUAUUGUAGAAACAUGUACAUCAUUUUGCUUUCUGUAGAGGCACUGUACAUUUUGUAAAAAAACAAAAAGAUUGAUUAUUUAUUUAUUAUGCAAAAGUGAGACUGAUUUAACCAUGUGGUUUUACGAUGGGUGUGCCUAUAUUACGAAUGAUGAGUUUGUUACUAUAUUAUAGUUGAAGGGAGUGCAUGUUUGAGAUAUAACAGUGAUCUGUGAUGCAGUUAUUAUUUCAGAAGCAGUAGUAAUUAUUUAUUCAAUUUGGACUUUGUUUUUUUUUUCUUUGUGUAAAAUGGUAUGAAAAAAAUUAUCACGUUUUUAUCAUGUCAAAAACGAUAAAAAAAACAAAAAAAAAUACACAUAAAUGUAUGUAUUUAAUUGGUUGUUAUUAUUAAUUCUAGAUUUCACCGUAUGUUAUCAUAUCUAAUAUGCAAACACCCAUAGCCAGAAAAAUCCGGAGGUGUAGAAAGCAUGGUUUUUAUCAAAGACCUUGAUUUCAAGUUUUAGCAACAUCAUAGAACAGUGCUUUUUUAGUAAUGUGCAUAUUAACACUGUUGAACUCAAACAAGUUUAACAAGUAUUUAUAUCGACUUUAUUAACAAAUGUUUUGUUUUUAUGUUUUUUAAAGUUGAUAGUUACUUUGUUAUGGCUGUUUUAUUUAUUUUUCUUCCGUUGAAUUGUAUUACAAAACUUGCUGACAGGAGCAAGGGGACAUAUCUGGCUAUGGUGAAACCAGUGUGGGGUCAGCUUUUUCGUUUGAAGAUGGUUGAACAUGUCUCACCAUCUUUAUCACAAGUUUGAAUAAAAAUCUGAUGUCAAA